AUGGCAGACCCCGCGGCAGCGAUCACGAUGGGGGCGCUUAGUGCAAUUUUUGAUGACUCAAAACCCAAGAUCGCUGAGCCUGUAGUCCAAUGUGUUCAAGUUAAACCCUUGCCUCCUCAGCCAAACAGUCCCGAAAGGUUCAGAGCCGUUUUCAGUGACAUCACAAACUACGUACAGACAAUGCUUGCAACCCAAGCCAACCAUUAUGUUACGAGUGGGCAACUAGUCCGUGGCUGCUUCGUUCGGUUGAAAUCAUUCCAAGCGAACAUGGUAAAAGGGAAAAGAAUCCUAAUCAUCCUUGAUCUCGAAGUGUUGGACAGACUGGGCAUAUGUGAGAAGAAGAUUGGUGAUCCUCAACCCCUUGACGCAAAGCAAGAAGAGCAAGACAAGACUAUCCCGACGACAAUUUCCAGCAAUGGGUUCUAUGGCUCCCGUGGGCCCCAACAGCCACCCCAACAACCAGCGCAGCGAUCUGCGGCGGCAGCUAGCGCCCAUGCUAAUAUAUAUCCCAUCGAAGCACUAUCCCCAUAUUCCCAUAAAUGGACGAUAAAGGCACGGUGUACGAACAAAUCGGCUAUCAAAACAUGGCACAAUAAAAAUGGAGAGGGCAAACUUUUUAGCGUUAACCUCUUGGAUGAUAGCGGCGAAAUUCGUGCUACCGCUUUCAAGGACCAGUGCGAUUCAUUGUAUAGCGUUUUUGAGGAAGGCUGUGUAUAUUACAUAUCAAGCCCCUGCCGUGUCCAAAUGGCCAAAAAAGCGUUCAAUAACCUCAAUAACGAAUAUGAACUUACCUUCGAAAAGGAUACAGUUGUUGAAAAAGCUGAAGAGCAAAACGAUGUUCCGCAAAUUCGAUUCAACUUCACCAAUAUUGCUAAUUUGCAAUCGGUAGAAGCAGGCACCACAAUCGAUGUGAUUGGAGUGUUGAAGGACGUUGGAGAACUCUCUCAGAUUCUGUCUAAGACAACUAGCAAGCCUUAUGACAAGCGUGAUCUUACAUUAGUUGACAACACAGGAUAUUCUGUUCGACUUACCGUAUGGGGAAAUAUCGCCAAAGAGUUUGAUUCGGUACCGGAAUCUGUGGUCGCUUUCAAGGGCGUGAAAGUCUCCGAUUUUAAUGGGAGAUCUCUUAGUUUGCUCAGUUCAGGGUCCAUGACAGUUGAUCUCGAUAUUGAAGAUGCUCAUAAAUUAAAGGGCUGCCACUGUGGUUUAUGUCAAGCAGACACCAUGGCCUAUUCCGCUUGUCUCACUGACAAAUGCAACAAAAAAGUCCUUCAGGAUGAGAAUGGGCAGUGGCGAUGCGAGAGAUGCGACCAAUCAUUCCCUCAUCCAGAGUAUCGCUAUAUCCUGUCUGUGAACGUGUGCGAUCACACUGGUGCUUUGUGGCUCAGUUGCUUCGACGAAGUUGGAAAAAUUAUUCUAGGAACUUCUGCAAAUGAGCUUAUGGAGCUUAAAGAAAACGAUGAGCGGGCCUACGAAGAGCUUGUCCAGAGAGCCAACUGUCGUUCUUGGAAUUUCAAUUGCAGGGCCAAAAUGGAUAACUUCCAGGAUCAGCAACGUGUUCGGUACCAAGUAUCGUCCGUUAGCGCUAUCGAUUACAGUGUGGAAUCAACUCGCCUUGCAGAGCUGAUCAAUGCUUACGAGCUCAGCUAA